AUGGCUACUAGCAAUGAAGAUACUUUGCCAGAAGGAUGGGAGGCCCGUAAGAGUAGAAGUACAGGUAUGACCUACUAUCUGAACAUGCACACCAAGAAGUCACAAUGGGAUAAGCCAGAUGAGCCGGCACCAUUGGUUGAUGAGGGUGAUGAUACACCCUCCCAAGUCCAAUGCAGCCAUUUGUUGGUGAAGCAUAGUGGCAGCCGUCGCCCGUCUUCUUGGCGCGAAGAAAACAUUACUCGUUCUAAGGAAGAGGCUAUGGAGAUUUUGGCGGACUACCGGCGCAAGAUCGUCGAAAAGGAAGCCACCUUCGAGGAGCUCGCUCGCAAGUUCUCUGAUUGCUCUUCAGCUAAGCGUGACGGGGAUUUGGGCAGAUUUGGGAAAGGGCAGAUGCAGAAAGCGUUCGAGCAAGUCGCCUUUUCUCUGAGAGUUGGCCAGCUCAGCCAGAUUGUUGAUACCGACUCUGGAGUGCACAUCAUUCUCCGGACCGCUUAA